AUGCUGCGAAACGCGCCGAAGCCGAAGCCCUCGAGGCAGAGAAGACUCCGGGAGGAAUUGAAGAAGCAAAAUGCCUUUUCCGAAAUGAAUGUGGACGACUUCUUUGCUGGAGGCUUUGAGAUUCCCGAGGAAAAGGGAAAGAAGGCCAGCAAGAAGGAUACCACCCCCAAGAUCGGCAAGCGCAAGCGCUCAGAAGAGAAGGCAGAGGCUGAAGCCGAGGUUUCUGAAGGCGAAGAAUCAGACGGCGCUGAUGCUUACGAUGAGCACAAAGAUCAAUUGGAGUCAUUGAAGGAGAAGGACCCCGAGUUCUACAAAUAUCUGAAGGAGAAUGAUGCGGAGCUGCUCGAGUUCGGUGAUCAGGGUGAUCUCUCGGAGGUCGAUGCUUUGAGCGAAAGUGAAGAGCCAGAAGAGAAGGAACCCGCCAAGAAAAAGAAGAAGUCCAAGAAGGAGGAUGUGGAGGAGGAGCCCGAGGAAGAUGAUACCCUGACCAUCGCGAUGGUCAAGAAAUGGCAGAAGUUGAUGGAGGAGCAAAAUUCGAUCCGAGCCAUGCGCCAGGCUGUGCUCGCUUUCCGCGCGGCCGCCUAUGUCAACGACCCCGACGCCCCCGAUCAGAAAUAUACCAUCUCCGACAAGAACGUCUACCACCAGGUUCUCGUCACGGCCCUCAACACUGUUCCCAAGGUCCUGGCCCACCACCUUCCCGUCAAGGAGAGCGCUUCAGGCAAGAUCAGAGUGUCAUUAGACUCCAAGAAGUUCAAGACCCUUACACCUCUGAUCAAAUCGCACACUGCUUCCGUCCACCAGCUUCUGGUCAACUUGUCCGACGCAUCGACACUCAAGCUGACCCUUGCGUCCAUUGAGCCCAUGCUGCCCUACCUUCUUCAGUUCCGUAAGGUCCUGAAGACCCUCGUGAAGAUUGUCGUCGGCAUUUGGGCCGAUGUUUCCACCGCGGACGCUACCCGUAUCACCGGUUUCUUGAUCUUGCGCCGCCUCAUGGUUUUGGGAGAUGCAGGUAUCAAGGAGACUGUCCUGAAGGCCACCUAUGAAGGUGUGGUCAAGGGCAGCCGCAACACCACCGUGCACACGCUUGCAGGCGUGAACCUGAUGAAGAACUCCGCAGCUGAAAUCUGGGGUAUUGACCAGAACGUCUCAUACACCGCAGGAUUCUCCUUCAUCCGUCAGCUGGCUAUGCACCUGCGCAAGAGCAUUACCAACACCUCGAAGGAGUCCUACAAGACCAUCUACAACUGGCAAUACGCGCACUCACUGGACUUCUGGUCCCGUGUACUCUCACAGCACUGCGAUGGCCUUGUCGAGGCUCAAAUCGGCAAGCAAUCCGCUCUGCGUCCCCUAAUCUACCCCGUUGUGCAGAUCACUCUGGGCGCCAUGCGUCUCAUCCCCACCGCCACCUACUUCCCUCUGCGCUUCCAAUUGACCCGCUCCCUGCUCCGCAUUUCCCGCGCCACCGGCACCUACAUCCCGCUCGCGUCUUCACUCCUCGAGGUCCUGACCUCCGCAGAGAUGCGCAAGCACCCCAAGUCCAGCACCCUCAAGCCUCUGGACUUCAACACUGCGAUCCGCGCGCCCAAAUCCUACCUGCGCUCACGUACCUACCAGGACGGCGUGGGCGAGCAGGUCGCCGAGCUCCUCUCCGAGUUCUUCGUCCUCUGGUCCAAGCACAUCGCGUUCCCGGAACUGUCCGUGCCGGUCAUUGUAUCUCUCAAGCGCUGGCUGAAGCAGGUCUCUGCCCGUAGCGGUGGAAACAAGAAUGCCAAGGUCAACCAGUCGAUUCUGCUGAUCGUGCAGAAGGUUGAAGCCAACGCCCGCUGGAUCGAGGAGCGUCGUUUGAACGUUACUUACUCUCCCCGCAACCGGAAUGAGGUUGAGUCUUUCCUUAAGGACGUUGACUGGGAGACUACACCUGUCGGUGCUUUUGUCAAGACACAGCGCAAGCUUCGUGAGGAGCGUGCUGCCGUUCUUGAAGAAGGUCGCCGCGAGGAAGAGAAGCGGAGAUUGGAGGCGAAGCAGAAUGGUGAUGAUGAUGAGGCGAUGGGUGGUGUUUCUGCCAGUGAUGAGGGUAGCGAGGAUGAGGAUGAGGAGGAGUUGCAGAGCGAGAAUGAGGACGAGAUCGAGAGUGAAGAUGAAGACGAGAUGGAGAUGGAGGACGAGUAG